AUGGUGGGCAUAUUACCAGGCUUAAUAUCAGAGGAGCAAGCAGGGUUUGUGAAGGAUAGAAGCAUAAUGGAAAAUAUUUUGUUAACUCAGGAGAUAGUCACAGAUAUGAGGCUCAGAACUAAAGCUGGUCCUAAUGUUGUGAUCAAACUCGAUUUGAUGAAAGCAUAUGAUAGGUUGUCAUGGUUAUUUCUUACUAAAGUGCUGAGGAAAAUGGGAUUCUCUGAAAGGUUUAUUAGAUUGGGGAGUAAAGCAAGGGGAUCCAUUGUCUCCGAUACUUUUAUUCUGGCUGCUGAAGCUUUGUCAAGGGGAUUGAAUUCUCUACAUACAAACCUGUACUUUUGUGGCUUUGGAAUGCCUAAAUGGAGCCCAAAAAUCAAUCAUCUUACAAACGCAGAUGACACCAUAAUCUUCAGUUCUUCUGAUGCAACUUCUCUUCGACUCAUCAUGGAGAUCCUACAAGUAUAUGAAAAUGCAUCAGGCUAG